AUGAUAGUUACUGCUCUAGCUCGUCUAAUGUUAGCAGAAAUAGCAGGAUUAACAGACCAGAGUCAAGUGAGAGCGCCACUACUUCCAAUACCCCCUUUACCUCCAUUAUCUCGAAUCAAAGCUCCGCCGAUUAUGGUAGAAAGAGGGCAACAUACACCCACGAGCAAAAUGGGAAGAGGCAACGACGUGACUCUGGAAGAAUAUAAACGCCGUAGCGACAAGUUUAACGUUCAAGAAAUAGUUAAGAAAUGCAUUCCCGUCGACGGAACAAAUGCCGAGAUUAUAGGCCUAGGAGCAACCCGAACUCGUGCUGAUAAUUCUGGAAAAGAAGCGGAUGCUUCAUUUCGUCCAAUGAAAUUACGAGUACCAGCACCAACAGGAAGUGACGGAGAGGAAUAUAGUCGUGCGCAUGAUGCGAUAGUUGUUAAAAUUGACCCAGUUUCUGAGAGAAUGCCUUCACAUAUGCAAGCAUGGCAUUUUUGUUCUAGGGACAGAAGAAUACGUGAAGGAGAACUUCCACAUCGGACUCACCCAAAGGCCAAACCUUCUAAAAAGGUUGCACCCGCCCCUUAUCCAGUCAAGAAAAAGGAUGCUGGAAAAACGGCGAAAAAUCCGUUGUUUGAGAAAAAACCCCGAAACUUUGGGAUAGGUCAGGACAUUCAACCCAAGCGUGACUUGUCCAGAUUUGUGAAGUGGCCGGAAUACGUUCGUCUUCAAAGGCAACGCAAGAUUCUUAAUCAACGUCUUAAAGUUCCACCUGCUAUUAAUCAAUUUACCAAAGCUUUGGACAAAAACACCGCCUCCAAUGUCUUUAAAUUGUUGAACAAGUACCGUCCUGAAACUAAAGCCGAGAAAAAACAACGUCUUCUCACUGCUGCUAAUCUCAAAGCAGAAAAUAAACAAUAUACGCCCAAGAAACCAUACGUUGUUAAAUAUGGUAUUAACCACAUUACUGCUCUAGUGGAGUCCAAACAGGCAAAAUUGGUAUUGAUUGCUCACGAUGUCGAUCCUAUCGAAAUCGUUCUUUGGUUACCCGCUCUUUGCCGUAAGAUGUUAGUCCCUUACGCAAUUAUAAAGAGUAAGGCUCGUUUAGGAACCGUGGUGCACAAAAAGACUGCUACCGCUUUGGCUCUAGUUGAUAUCCGUGACGAGGACAAAUCCACUUUUGCUAAUUUGAUUAAUGGAAUUAAAGCUGGUUAUAAUGACAAAUUUGAUGAGGUCAGGAAGCAUUGGGGUGGUGGUGUCAUGGGAACUAAAUCUCAAUCAAUGAUGGCAAAGAGAGAAAAAACUGUAGGCAAGGAAAUUAAAUAA